AUGGCGAGCACACAGGCCAGCAAGCCGGCCUGGCUAGGUCCGACCUCCCGCAUCCUGCUGGGCUCCUCCUCCAAAUCUCGCAGGGGUAUCAUGGACGAGCUGGCGGCCGAGCUGGGCUUCAGCUACGAAUGCGCAUCGGCUGACAUCGACGAGCAGGCCAUCAGGCACGAGGACCCCCACCAGCUUGUCCGCCAGCUGGCCGCCGCAAAGGCAGAUGCCAUUGCCUCCAGGCUCGCGAGCCAGGGAACUGCCCCCUCUGGGCUGCUCAUCACCUGCGAUCAGGUGGUCGUGCACAGGGACAGGAUCCUGGAGAAGCCUCGGGACGAAGCAGAGGCGAGGGUAUUUAUCCGAGGCUAUGCCAGCGCGCCUGCAUCCACCGUUGGGAGUGUCAUGGUCACCGACCUGGAAACGCGGGCCUCAGCCUGCGCUGUCGACGUGACCACUAUCGAGUUCUCUGCCAUCCCGGAGGCCAGCAUCGAGGCGCUGAUCGAGGAGGGCGAGGUGUUCUGGUGCGCCGGAGGCCUGAUGGUGGAGCACGCGCUGGUGGCCCCCCACAUCGUGAGGAUGGAGGGCGGCAUGGACGCCGUCAUGGGCCUGUCCAAGGCCACCACGCUGCGAUUACUGCAGCAGGCGGCCCAGAGAUGA